CCGGAACGGCCGCGGAAGUCGGAGGCCGGAGCGCAGGGCGCAGAGGGCAUCGGGGGCGGGGGGCUCCUACCUGACCCCUGUCUCCCACCAGCCAGCAAAGUGAAGGCUUCUUCGGACUUUACAGGCAGAAGAGAGUGACCGGGACUGUCAGCCGCUCCGGGUCAAGGUCUAGCCCACCCUCACCCUCCCGUGCCACCCCCACCCCAUCAUCACCAAGCUCUCCUAACUCAUUGGUGAGCGCGGCGGGCCAGGGGCUGGAUGCGGGGACGGCCGCGAUGGCCCCGCGCGCGGGACAGCGGGGGCUCUGGAGCCCACUGCCGGGUCUGCUGGUCGUGGCGGCGGCACUGAGCCGGCCCGCCGCGCCCUGUCCCUUCCAGUGCUACUGCUUCGGCAGCCCCCGGCUGCUGUUGCGCUGCGCCUCGGGCGCGGAGCUCCGGCAGCCGCCGCGGGACGUACCGCCCGACGCGCGCAACCUCACCAUCGUGGGCGCCAACCUGACAGUGCUGCGCGCGGCCGCCUUCGCGGGAGGAGACGAGGAGGCGACGGACGGCGUGCGCCUGCCGCUCCUCACCGCGCUGCGUCUCACACACAACAACAUCGAGGUGGUGGAGGACGGCGCCUUCGACGGGCUGCCCAGUCUGGCGGCGCUCGACCUGAGCCACAACCCGCUUCGCGCUCUGGGCGCCCGCGCCUUCCGCGGGCUGCCUGCUCUGCGCUCUCUGCAGCUCAAUCACGCGCUGGCACGGGACGGCCCCGGGAUGCUGGAUGCACUGGACGCAGCGCUCGCGCAGCUGGCAGAGCUGCGCCUGCUGGGCUUGGCGGGCAACGCGAUGAGUCGCCUGCCGCCCGCUGCGUUGCGCCUGCCUCGCCUGGAGCAGCUGGACGCGCGUGGAAACGCGCUGGCCGGCCUGGGCCCCGACGAGCUGCGCGCUCUCGAACGCGAUGGCGACCUGCCCAGGCCGCGCCUGCUGCUGGCGGACAACCCGCUGAGCUGCGGGUGCACCUCGCGCCCCCUACUGGCCUGGCUGCACAAUGCCACCGAGCGCGUGCCCGACGCGCGCCGCCUGCGCUGCGCCUCCCCGCGCGCGCUGCUCGAUCAGCCCCUGAUGGACCUGGACGAGGCGCGGCUGGGCUGCGCCGACGGCAGUGCUAACGAGCGCGGGGAAGAGGUGGACGUAGCCGGCCCGGAACUGGAAGCCUCUUACGUCUUCUUCGGGCUGGUGCUGGCGCUCAUCGGCCUCAUCUUCCUCAUGGUGCUCUACCUUAACCGCCGUGGUAUCCAGCGCUGGAUGCGCAACUUGCGCGAGGCCUGCAGGGACCAGAUGGAGGGCUACCACUAUCGCUAUGAGCAGGAUGCAGACCCACGCCGCGCGCCUGCUCCUGCUGCCCCAGCCGGCUCCCGGGCCACUUCCCCAGGCUCGGGCCUUUGAGCCUCACCUCCCUAAUGGGAGGCUGUCCCUGUCAGCUGAUGACUUUACUGAGGCCACCCAACUUUCCCCUGCCUUGCCUGAGCCCUGGAGAUGACACACCAAUGAGUUUGGAUCUCUGAGAUCUUUGGAUCAAUUGUAGCAUCUCUCCGAUCCCGAAGCUCCAAGGUGUACUCUUUUUCCCUGGCCU